AAUCCGUGAGAGUAGGUUAGGUUAUGUCGGAUUUGCUUGAAGCGUUACGGCUAUCUUUUUCCAUUUACUUUACAAUUAAUAAAUUGCAUGUUUUUGUUUAGCGUCAAUUAUGGCAGACUCGUCUAAAAGUGGAAAUCCUCUUUUCUUAAAAAGUAAAUCAUUACAAUGUAAAAACUUGCACGAUUAUUUAAAAACAUUGCCAAAGGAAGUCUUAGAAAGACUCUACAACCACCCAACAACUUGUUUAGCUGUGUACAGGGAGCUUCCGGCAAUAGCCAAGCAUUACGUGAUCAGGUUAUUGUUUGUUGAACAACCUGUUCCUCAGGCAGUGAUUGCAUCGUGGGUUUCCCAGGCUUAUGCAAAGUAAGUGUUUAAUAGUUAAAUGUAA